UUGCACAGAAAUACAGUUUGGUCAUGUUUGUCCCUCUGGACGAGGAGGAGAACCUGCAAACAGCUGUCUCUGGUACCUGUGUGCAGCCUGCAGGAGGGGGCGGGGCCUAAACAUUUAGCCCCACCCACUUUGAUUUGAUUGGUCUAACUGUUGAAUGUGGGCGGGGUUAAAUGUUGAUUUCAUUGGUUUGGACUUGGUUGUGGGCGGAGGUCGGGACCCACGCGUUGUUUAUAAAUGCAAAUCUUCUCUAACCAUCUAUCUUGUGUCCGGUGACAGCCGAUUACUACAUCAGCAUCUUCAUCAUGAUCUCUGUUGAAGAAAAGAAGAGGAUGGUGGCUAAGAUCCCUGCUAUUGUCUGGCAGUCUACCCAUGCGCCCAGUGGUGAGCUCCCAGAAGGCAUGACAAAGAUCAGAGGCUACGACUUCAACCAGGGAGCUGAUCUCCAGGGAGUGAUGAAGUCCUUCAUCUCCACGGGCUUCCAGGCCAGCAGCAUGGGCCAGGCCAUCGACACGAUCAACCUCAUGAUAGAGAAGCGUCGUGAGCCAGUGGAGAAGGAUGAAAAAAAAGAGGCUGAAACGCCCGAAGAACACCGCAACAAGCCGGCCUGCACCAUCUUCCUGGGUUACACCUCCAACAUGAUCAGCUCCGGAGUCAGAGAGACCAUCCGCUACCUGGCACAGCACAAAAUGGUGGAUGUGAUCGUAACCACAGCUGGAGGCGUAGAGGAGGAUUUCAUUAAGUGUUUCGCUGACACAUUCUUGGGAGACUUCAGCCUGGCUGGCAAGGACCUCCGCCAGAAGGGCAUCAACAGGAUAGGGAAUAUGUUGAUACCCAAUGACAACUACGACAUCUUUGGAAACUGGAUGAUACCCAUUCUGGACCAGAUGCUGGAGGAGCAGAAGACACAGGGCACAAUUUGGACUCCCUCUAAAAUGAUCCAUCGGUUUGGCAAGGAGAUCAAUAACCCUGACUCUGUCUACUACUGGGCGUACAAGAAUAACAUCCCAGUGUUCUGUCCUGCUCUGACAGACGGCGAGAUGGGCGACAUGCUUUACUUCCACUCUUACACUAACCCUGGCCUGGUUGUGGACAUAGCACAAGAUGUUCGCAGGAUCAACAACCAGGCGGUGUAUGCUAACAGUACGGGACUCAUCAUCCUGGGAGGAGGACUGGUCAAACAUCACAUAUGCAAUGCUAAUCUUAUGAGGAACGGAGCUAACCACGCUGUGUUUGUGAACACGGGUCAGGAGUUCGAUGGCUCCGACGCUGGAGCCAGACCUGAUGAGGCCAUAUCCUGGGGCAAGAUCAGAAUAGAUGCCAAACCCGUGAAGGUGUAUGCAGAUGCCACUUUAGUCUUCCCUCUGAUCGUGGCCGAGACCUUCGCUCUCCACGCCGACAAGCUGACUGCCGAAGACAAAACCGAGUAGCAUUGCAUUGUAUACAAUGCAGCAAUUGAAAACCUCAUUUAAUGGGGGUCAGUGGUGAAGGGUUUCCUGUCUUUA